CCGAAGCUGUAGAAUUUCGAAGACUGAGUGCUCGUCUUGUGGUUUGUUUACUCGAUUGUUUAGGAUUCGAACGCCGGCAUGCAUCGAAACAACAUUAAAUGUAAACAAAAAUAAUGUUAUAAAUGACCAUCGACCGAAAGAAUUUCCACAAUGAAGUUUCGUGCCAUAAUAACCAAUUACGUGAACAUGAGAGAGCUAAUCGAUAUUCUGACAACAUUCGCCCGCAUCAACAAGUUCCUCGUGAUCAACAUCCAGCCGAAGAAGUUUAUCAUUCAAACGGAAACUGAGGUCGAAUCCGGGCAGUGCCUUUGGUGCGAAAUAGACGCAACAAGCAGGGAAGGCUUCUUCAGUGACUAUGUGAUGGAUGGAGUGGACCAGUCCCACAACCAGAUUUUUCUCACCGUUACCGCAAUCAGUUUGGUUCAGGCAUUGUCCUACAUACGGGGAAAUGCGGUCGAGUAUUUAAAGAUCAAACUGGCCAAGGCGACAAUUGCGUGUUUGGCGAUUGAGAUAAGCGGGACGUGUCACAUCGAGACCGAUGUUGUACGUCCGAAGGUGCAGCACGAGGUACCCGUGACGGUGGUCCCCCGCAGUGAGUGGAGCAAUUUCGAGCUGCCCCUGGAAAUGAUGUAUGACCUAUCGAUGCUGCUGCCUUCGUUCAAAUCGCUGAAGGGAUUGAUUGAUAAGAAGAAAAAUAUAUCCCCCGCGAUUACGGUGUACUGCACGUUGGCGGGCGAGUUCUCGCUUGUGGUGGAGACGAGCGUUGUUACGGUGGCAAGUCACUAUAAAGGACUGGAGUGUGCCCGGGCGAGAACCACAGAUGCAAACUCGGGGGAUAUCCGCGAAGCGGCCUGCAAGGUAGACUCGAAGAAGCUAGCGAAUCUCCUGGAGAGUAUUCACUUUUAUGAUAUGAAAAUGUUUGCGAACAUCAAGAAUGAUCAGCUGCUUAAUAUUAUGUUUGAAAUGAAGGACGGGGUAUUCCUGAACCUGGUGCUGCCGGCGGUUGAUUUCGAAUAAAAGAAAGGUUUUAUUAGGCAUUCCAAUGAA